AUGGCCGGAAGGAAGGGCGGCGACAGGAAGAAGGCGGUGACGCGGUCCGUCAAGGCCGGGCUCCAGUUCCCCGUCGGCCGCAUCGGCCGCUUCCUCAAGAAGGGCCGCUACGCGCAGCGCGUCGGCUCCGGCGCACCCGUCUACCUCGCCGCCGUCCUCGAGUACCUCGCCGCCGAGGUAACCAACAACCCAUCCCUCCCUCCCGCUCUGGUCCUGGAGCUGGCCGGCAACGCGGCCAAAGACAACAAGAAGUCCCGCAUCGUGCCGCGCCACCUGCUGCUCGCCGUCCGCAACGACCAGGAGCUAGGCAAGCUGCUCGCCGGCGUCACCAUCGCCCACGGCGGCGUGCUGCCCAACAUCAACUCCGUCCUGCUCCCGAAGAAGGCCGCUGAGAAAGCUGCCUCCGCCGAGAAGUCCCCCAAGUCGCCCAAGAAGAAGGCCGCCCCCAAGAAGACCGCCUAGUAGCCUUGCCUAGCCUGCACCACA